CACCGUAGCCGGUUUAUAUAAAGCCUGCACGCGGAAGUCCCGCCCUUUUCCCCCCUCGCUCGCGGGACGUGGUCGAGUUGCACCUCAGACAAAAUGCCACGCAAAAUUGAAGAAAUCAAAGAUUUCCUGCUUACAGCAAGGAGGAAGGAUGCCAAGUCUGUCAAAAUCAAGAAGAACAAGGACAAUGUGAAGUUCAAGGUCCGCUGCAGCAGAUACCUGUACACAUUGGUCAUCACAGACAAAGAGAAGGCUGAGAAGCUCAAGCAGUCCCUGCCACCAGGUCUGGCUGUGAAGGAGCUGAAGUAGAUGUCUCUCUUGUACAAAAUGUUGUAAUAAAAUUGGGAAAAUUAA